UAAUAAAUUGCACGUCCAUAUUCGAAAGUUAUUCUAGAGUCAGAACUAUCGAUUUAUCUACGAAAAACACUUAUUCUACCAAUUCGUCAUACGUUACCGCUUUUUAUAUUUCCCUAAACAAAAUUCCCUAAAAAACAUGUCAAAUUAUUAGAGCAAAACAAAUAGGUGCCAAUUUGAAAACCCCUGAAUUCUUUCAAAUGACAGCAAUUCAAACCAUUAGGAUGACGAAUUAUCUGAGUUAAAAUUUGAAAUGGAGUAGCUUGCAAAAUGAAAGAAAGAAUAUAUUUUCAGAUUACAAUCAACUGUUUUAAAUACUUUGAAUUUUAAUAUAAAUCAAAAAUUAAAAAUUUUAAUAUAAUUUUAAUUAAAAAAAAUGCUCCGCGAAUCAAAAAACCUGAAAACCACUACAUGGUGCAUCAGGUACAGUUUUCCGUACCCUUCUUUUAAAUUCACGAUGAAAAUUGUGAUAAAAAUCACAAUGAUGUAAUAUCGCCGUUUUAAGAAUAAAAUGAAAUCUUUAUAUACAUGGAAAACUAAGGGUAGCUUUAGAAUUAAUGCUCAUUUUUUACAGCGAUGCUUGAAUUACGUGAACGUCAGACUGCCAAAUAUAUCAUGCAGAAAAUUGAGGAAGUUGUAAAAGAUUACGAUAUCGCUUUCGAUCAAAUUUUUACCGUGACUUGUGAUAAUGGCGCAAAUAUGUUGGCGGCCGUUAAAGAAUUGGAUAAAUAUGUGCAAUCCUUAAAAGCUGAAAACCUUAUGUCCGGCGAAGGCGAUGAAGAUGUUGAGAACGACGAUGAACAACUGUUGUCAGAUUUGAUGAUUGAACUUUCAAGUAAGGUGAGCCUAGUUAGGUGUGCUGUACACACCUUACAAUUAGCUGUUACAGACGUUAUCAAGUACACGGACAGCCGCAUACGUAGCGUAACCGCUGCUGCUAAACAUUGCCGGAAAAUUGCUUAUCAACCAUCAUUUGAUUUGAAAAAUGUCCCGCUUCCUCCGCUCUAUGCGAUCACGCGAUGGGGAGGUAUUUAUGACCUGAUUUCGAAUCUCUGCGAGCACGAGGAGUUCUACAAAGAGUUGGGCAAGCAAUUCAAAGAGCUGGAUUUGUCAGAUCAAUGGGAAUUCGUCCAUGAGUACAAGAAUGCGUUAGAACCAAUACGUAUCGCGACCGAUGCGUUACAAAACAAACAUGUGUCUUUGGGCGAUUUUUACAUUCACUGGCUUCGCUGUAUGAUGGAAGUCAAAAAACAACCAACCAAUGAACUGGCCGUAGCUCUGACAGAAUCAUUACAGACUAGGCUACAGCAGCUGAAGCAAAAUUUGGCCUUCAAAGCUUCUCUGCUGAUCGAUCCCAGGUUUAAUUAUAUCUCAUCAUCUGUACUGACUCCGGAGGAAAAAGAGGAAACCAGGAAAUUCAUCAUUGCCACAUCCGAAAGGAUCAAAUCUUUGAAUCCUGAUACGCCCCCGCAGAUGAGCGACGCUGCUGAUCAAAAUACGUCCACUUCAAACUUGGAUGAUUUUAUGACACGAUUAUUCGGAGGAACCCUGCCAUCGUCAUCACAAAACGAUCCUGUAAACACAUUCGAAAAACAAUUGAAUGCUUUGGAUUUGGAAACACAUCAAAACUACAAGUAUGACACAUGGAAGCACUGGACAGCCCGUAAGGACACGCAUCCUGAACUUUCAGCGGUCGCUCUCGUUGUUAUGACUGUGCCCUCAACUCAAGUAUCGGUUGAAAGAUCCUUCAGUGCGUUGGCAAUUGUAUUGUCGCCGGCUCGAACAAAGCUUUCUGCUCAAAAUCUGGCUAACAUCCUUUUGAUUAAAUUAAAUUCAGAACUCUUGCCCAAAAUCAUUCCAUCAAUGUAUGACUGGAAAGAUUUCAAAGGUCUGUGUGCCUUGGUGGACAAUAUUGAUAACAUGUAAUUUGUUUGCUGUUUCUCACUUCUCUAUGUGGUAUAAAAAACCAUAGUUAAUGUACUGGAAUUGAAUCAAAAGUGAUUCAACAGAAAUGAGUCCAAGAAGGACAUUAAAUGAAUAAGACGUGAUAUCAAAACUUUUUAUACUGUUGCUACAUAUGUAAAAAUAAUCAUAUCGAUAAACAAAAACUAUCACAAUCCAUUCAUAAAGGAAAAAAAGACGUAAAUAAAAAUAAAAUUAAAGAAAAAUUCCAAAAUAAUAAUUGAUUUGAUUUUUGUAAGAAAAAAGCCAAGCUCUUCUACAAUGCCGUGUGAUAUUAUGUUUAUAACUUAAGAUAGGCACGAUGAUAGGAAGUCCGAUCCUAUUCUUGGCACUUUUGAUUCACUUUGGCAGUGAGGUGUUUUU